UUUAGCGGUAAAUUAUCAAUCAGCUGUGCGUUUAAAAUUGUAAAUUGCAAAUUUUUCACUGUCUUGAAAUAUUUCGCGAAAAAAAUGAUAAUAAAUUUUAAUAUUGGCCUAUUGGGUCAUGUUGAUUCUGGUAAAACUUCAUUGGCCAAAGUUCUCAGUUCCAUCUCAAGUACUGCAGCAUUCGAUAAAAAUCCCCAAUCAAAAGAGAGAGGCAUAACACUAGACUUGGGUUUCAGUGCUUUGCAGUUAGAAGCACCGGAACACAUAAAGCAAGUUGAUCCCACCAUACAACAACUACAAUUUACUUUUGUAGAUUGUCCUGGACAUGCUAGCUUAAUACGCACAAUUAUAGGAGGCGCCCAAAUUAUAGAUCUAAUGAUUUUAGUUAUUGACGCCCAAAAAGGCAUACAAACUCAAACUGCUGAAUGUAUAGUUAUAGGUGAACUUUUGCAACGCAAACUUAUAGUGGUAGUUAAUAAAGUGGAUUUAUUGGAGGCGACUCAAAAAGUGGCACUACUUAAGAAAUUAGAAACUAAACUACGUAAGACUUUAGCAGCUACCCGUUUUGGUGACAGUUUUCCUUUGUUUGCUGUUUCAGCUUUAAAUGGUGAGGGCAUUAAAGAUUUAUUGGAGGGUAUUAAAUCGAAUGCUUUUUUGCCACAACGUGAUGUGGAGAAACCUUUACUUAUGUAUGUUGAUCAUUGUUUUUCGAUUAAGGGACAAGGCACCAUAUGUACUGGUACCAUAGUGCAGGGAAGUGUUAAUGUCAACGACAACAUCGAGUUACCUUUGAUAAAAGAACAACGAAAAAUAAAAUCAAUGCAAAUGUUUCGACAGCCGGUACAAAAUGCUCAAAUGGGCGAUCGUGUUGGAGUGUGUGUAACGCAAUUUAAUGCAAAACUUAUGGAACGAGGUGUUAUAUGCCAAAUAGGCUAUUUGCAACCAAUAUAUGCAGCUGUUAUACAACUGCAACGCAUACAAUACUAUAAACUUGCCGUUAAAUCGAAAACGAAAUUACACAUAAGUGUGGGACAUGAAACGGUUAUGGCAAAUCUAACCUUAUUUAAAGAUAAUGACUUGGAAAUGUCUUUCAAUCCGCUUAAGGAAUAUGAAUACAUAGAAGAGUUGGAGGCUAAACAACACAAUAAUGACAACACUGUCGUGUGGGCUCUUUUGGAAUUUGAAAAGCCCAUACUAACUGCUGCAGAUUCUAUACUAAUUGCCUCAAAAUUAGAUUUAGAUAUUCACACCAAUUCCUGCCGUUUGGCUUUCUGGGGCAAAAUACAAUGGCAUACUACCUCGCAGCAUUAUGUAAAAGAACAACUAAAACUAUGGAAAAUUUAUAAAAAUAAACAGAAACAAGGCACAGUUCAGCGUUUAGUUAAUGCACACGAGUUGAUUGUACAAAAUCUAUUUAAAAAGGAAUCUAAUCGUCAGUUGUAUAUAGGAAAACGAAUAGAACUUACUACAGGAGAACAAGGGCAGAUAGAAGGCACUUUUGGUCAAACCUCGAAAGUGAAAAUCUCAUUCGCUGAUCCUCUUAAGGAAACAACUGUGGCUGUGAUAAAGCAGGGACGUUUAAGUGAUGUCGGUGUUAUACUUAAGUUUAAGAAAUAUAUUUUUAAUAAAGAUUUUGGUAUAAUACAGUAAAA